UCCAUCCAUCCAUCUAUCUAUCUAUCUAUCUAUCUAUCUAUCUAUCUAUCUAUCUAUCUAUCUAUCUAUCUAUCUAUCUAUCUAUCUAUCUAUCUAUCUAUCUAUCUAUCUAUCUAUCUAUGAGGUGUUUGCGAGAGAGGGAGGAUAGUCACGGUUGAAGUGGAAAGGUAAAGGAGAGAGAGAGUCACCAUUUGGUGCAGACAGUAGUCGCGGUGUAGAUGAGGACACGCAGCACCGACACCACGCAUGACCUGAGCACUCCACAACGGCAAACGCCCCCCACCGAAGAGUAACGAGCGACAACAGCCUCACGUAAUAUCGUAUCGCACUUUCCCUGUGUCGGUGAUGCUCAAGGUUAUUAUGCUGCCGUGGUACUCCGACGGUUCGUUUGGACCAUUCAGAUCUAAAAAAGAAAUCUAAAUGCGUAGUCUUGAGCUGACAAUCCACCGGUGAAAAAAUAUUGAUUUCAUUUUCGACUCGAUUGUGCAUCUCAUCCUCACCGGACCGGAGCCGGAGGCGGGAUUAAUGGAGCCGUGUACGUCUUGUUGAGGAUCCAUCUAAGCACUCGUCCUCAAUGGUCACCUUCUGUCCGAGCCUAUCUUUCGGCUUGCUGCAGUCCGCAUCAGAGGAUGCAGGUGAAACAUUCAAUGUACUCGGAGGGAAGCACGCCAGACAGUGAGCCAGGCGAGUGCCAAAAGAAGACAUCAUGCUUCUCCAACAUCAAAAUAUUCCUCAUAUCAGAAUGUGCCUUAAUGUUGGCACAGGGCACUGUGGGAGCCUAUCUGGUCAGUGUCCUAACCACUCUAGAGCGGCGUUUCAACUUACAGAGCGCUGACGUGGGUGUGAUUGCCAGCAGCUUUGAGAUUGGCAACCUUGCCCUCAUCCUGUUUGUCAGCUACUUUGGGGCCAGGGCCCAUCGGCCACGGCUGAUUGGUUGUGGGGGCAUUGUAAUGGCCCUGGGAGCAUUACUGUCAGCACUGCCAGAGUUCUUGACCCACCAGUAUGAAUAUCAGUCUGGAGUGUCACGACCUAUGGGACAUGGAAGGGAUUUGUGCUCCAAUACUAGUCAACCUGGGACUUCUGAUCCUAGUUAUAUAUGUGGGAAUAAAACCAAUACCAACAUGAUGUACCUGCUGCUGAUUGGAGCUCAGAUGCUUCUGGGGGUUGGAGCAACACCCCUUCAACCGCUGGGUGUGUCUUACAUUGAUGACCAUGUCAGACGAGAAGACUCCUCCCUUUACAUUGGCAUCCUAUUCUCUACACUAGUCUUUGGACCAGCAUGUGGUUUCAUCCUUGGCUCUCUGUGCACCAAAGUUUAUGUUGAUGCUGUCUUCAUUGAUACAACCACACUGGACAUUACUCCAGAUGACCCGCGCUGGAUUGGCGCCUGGUGGGGCGGCUUUAUCAUCUGUGGCCUUUUCCUCUUCCUCUCCUCGCUUUUCAUGUUUGGGUUCCCACAGUCGCUGAACGAGCCUGGGGAGGGCCCAGGGGGUGAGAGUGAGCAGGCCAUGCUGCCUGCUGAGCUGGUGCAGGAGUAUGAAGGAGGCAAAGCCGCAGAUGACCUAGACAUCAACACUGGCCUCACCUGCUGCCAGCACUUGCAGGUUAUCCCUAAAGUGACUAAGCAUCUGCUGUCCAACCCGGUUUUCACCUGUGUCAUUCUCGCUGCCUGUAUGGAAAUUGCCGUGGUGGCUGGAUUUGCUGCCUUCCUUGGGAAAUAUCUCGAACAGCAGUUCAACCUCUCAACUUCCUCGGCGAAUCAGCUCCUAGGAAUGACAGCAAUUCCUUGCGCUUGUCUGGGUAUAUUCCUGGGCGGCCUCUUGGUGAAAAAGUUGGAUCUGUCAGCAUUAGGGUCUAUCCGCCUGGCCAUGGUAGUCAAUAUCAUCUCUACGUCCUGCUACGUCUCCUUCCUUUUCCUUGGCUGUGAUACUGGCCCAGUCGCUGGGGUUACUGUUGCCUAUGGCAAUGAGAGUCUUGGGUCAUGGGAACAGACAGAGGCUGCAUGUGUGUCAGACUGUAAUUGUUACAAAUCUUUUCUAAGUCCUGUCUGUGGCUCCAAUGGCAUCACCUACCUCUCAGCCUGUCUUGCUGGCUGCACUAAAACCAACCUGACAGGCUGUAAGUGCAUUGCCCAUGGCAAUGGGUCGGGUACAGCUUCACCAGGGAAGUGUCCCAGCCCAGGCUGUCAGCAGGCUUUCCUCACCUUCUUAGCAGUUGUGUGUGCUUGCAGCAUGAUUGGAGCAAUAGCCCAGACUCCAUCUGUUAUCAUCCUGAUCAGAACUGUGAGUCCAGAGCUGAAAUCAUAUGCACUUGGAGUUUUGUUCUUGUUGCUCCGGCUGUUAGGUUUCAUUCCUCCACCUCUGAUCUUUGGCAUUGGGAUUGAUUCCACCUGCCUACUAUGGAGCUCCGUAUGCGGGACGAAAGGGGCCUGCAUGCUUUACGACAACAUCACCUACCGCUACCUUUAUGUCAGCAUCGCCAUUGUUCUCAAAUCCAGCGCCUUCAUUCUCUAUACGGUCACCUGGCAGUGCCUGCGUCAGAACUACUCCAGGUACAUUAAGAACAGUGAGGAUUACCUGACACCAACCCAGCUGUUCACCUCCAACCUCACCCUGGACAACCUGGGCAAGGACAUUGUACAGAACCCCUCCUGUCGCACCAAGUUUAUUUACAACCUAGAUGACCAUGCCUGGAGUGAGAACAUGGAGUCAGCCAUAUAGUCCCACUCCAAAGAGGGCCAUCUGGCCUGUAUGCACAUGCUAAUUUAAUCUCAUCAGUGCAUUUAUUCAAAAGAAAAUUAAUUUAAGACUAUUUCCAUUCAUUCCCACUGCCUGGGAGAAACAUGCACUCUUAAAGCAUAUCCAGGGUGUUUUAAAUGAAAAGAUCACCCAAAAACGAAAAUUGUGUCAUAAGUUACCCUCCCUCAUGUCAUUCCAAACCUGUUUGACAUUCUGUCUUAUACGGAACACAAAAGGAGAUGUUUUAAUUAAUAUUGCGGUUCGUCUUCUCAAUAUAAUUGCAGUAGCUAGUGCCUCACUAAAAAGCUUAUAAUAGAAUCCGAAAGUAAAAGAGUAGUCCAUACAAAUAGUGCAUUAUAUUCAACAUUUUCUUAAGGCAUAUGAUAGAUUUUGGUUAGAAACAACCAGAAAUUGAAGUCACUUUUCAGUACAAUUGUUGAGUUUCACUGUGGCUCGCAUGUUCACACAAAACGUGCAUUGUUUUUACAGCUAAGCAAUGCAAGAACUCAUGUGAAUGUGCAAGGGUCACCAAGAUUUUGAUAAAAGAACAGUGAGGAUUACCUGACACCAACCCAGCUGUUCACCUCCAACCUCACCCUGGACAACCUGGGCAAGGACAUUGUACAGAACCCCUCCUGUCGCACCAAGUUUAUUUACAACCUAGAUGACCAUGCCUGGAGUGAGAACAUGGAGUCAGCCAUAUAGUCCCACUCCAAAGAGGGCCAUCUGGCCUGUAUGCACAUGCUAAUUUAAUCUCAUCAGUGCAUUUAUUCAAAAGAAAAUUAAUUUAAGACUAUUUCCAUUCAUUCCCACUGCCUGGGAGAAACAUGCACUCUUAAAGCAUAUCCAGGGUGUUUUAAAUGAAAAGAUCACCCAAAAACGAAAAUUGUGUCAUAAGUUAC